GGCUGAGUAAAGUCUGUGGUACUGCCUUGUUGACCCAACAUCAAUAUUCUUACGUCAGCGCGAUAAAAUACCGCCGUAUGCGACGGGUAGGUUAGGUACCCAAAUGAAAUUGGACGAUGCCAUAUGAAAUAAUCAGCAGAAUCGGAUAUUAGUGUAGUGGUGAAGUGCUCUUGCGGUCAGUCUGUAACAAUGUGGCUCCAAAUAAUCACAAUCACAACAAUAAUUGUUAUAGUGUUUAUAAAAUGGCGUUUAACCUAUUGGAAAAGAAAAGGCGUACCGUAUUUAGAAGAUACCGAGUUCUUUUUCGGUAAUUUUCGGAAAAUAAUGCAAGCUAAAACAUCAUUCAGUGAAGGCUAUUUGGAUUUUUACAACCAAUUUAAACGUAAAGGCGUUAAACAUGGAGGUAUUUAUUCUAUGCUCGAACCAAUGUAUAUCCCGAUAGACCUAAAUUUAAUUAAGCAUAUUAUGCUUAAGGAUUUUCAGUAUUUUUUUGGCCAUGGAUUUUAUUAUGAUAAAUCUGAACUUUUAUCGAUGCAUUUGUUUAAUUUAGAAGGAGACGCUUGGAAAGAGUUGAGAUCCAAAUUAACUCCAGCAUUUUCUUCCGGAAAAAUUAAAACAAUGCAAGAUAUUUUUUUUACUAAAUGCACUAUCCUGGAGAAAGUUAUUGGAAAAUAUUCUGAUAAUAACAAACCAGCUCCUUUUAAAGAUAUUUUGAGCAGAUUCACUAUAGACAUUAUUGGAAAUGUAGCUUUUGGUAUUGAAUGUAACUCACUAGAGGAUUCUGACUGCCAGUUUAGAUUUUAUGGAAUGAAAGCACUUCAAGUAAAUUUCUUCAAUUUUUUUAUAACCGGAAUAGUACCAUGGUCAAUACUUAGAAAAAUUGAAUUUCAACAAGGAGCUUCAGAUGUAAGAGAUUUUUUUUGUAAAAUGGUCAAAGAGACAGUUAAAUGCAGAGAAGACAAUAACAUCGUCCGGAAAGACUUUCUACAAAUAAUGCUGGAUUUGAAAAAGGAGUCGUCGAACAAAAGCUUGACUAUCGAGGAAAUUACAGCGCAAUGUUUUAUAUUUUUUAUUGGUGGCUUUGAAACUUCGUCGACGGCAAUGACCUGCGCUCUAUUCGAGUUGGCUCAAAAUUUGGAGAUUCAAGAAAAAUUGAGGCAAGAAAUCGAUAGUGUUUUGGAGAAAUACAAUGGGGAAAUGAGUUUUGAUGCUAUUGUGGAAAUGUCUUAUUUGGACAAGAUUGUUUUAGAAACUUUACGAAAAUAUCCUCCACUUGGCAGUAUACCUCGUCGAUGCACCAAGGACUAUAAAAUACCCGACAGUAACGUAAUUAUAGAUAAAGGAACUAUGGUAUGGAUUCCGGUAUGGGGUAUCCACAAAGACCCCGAUUACUAUCCAAAUCCAGAAAUAUUCGACCCGGAAAACUUUUCUGAGGAACGUAAAAGUAAACGACCUGAAUUUACAUAUUUGCCUUUUGGAGAAGGACCGAAAAUGUGUAUAGGGUUGAGACUUGGAAUGCUACAGACAAAAAUUGGACUUAUAACUGUAAUUCGAAAAUAUAAAUUGACCUUAAAUGAAAAGACUGAACUUCCAAUGAAGAUUGCCAAAAGUGUUUUAUUGACUCUUGAAGGGGAUGUUUAUUUGAACGCUGUAAGAGUUUGACAUGGUAUCUACCUAUUGCCAAAUUCAAAGGAAAUUUAUAUAUUAUGUAGGUUUCUACAAACAUAGGUAUACUUAGAUUUUCAGUGACAAUGACUGUUUUACAGUGCGUAAUUCACUUUAGGUAGACCUAUACAGAAUAAUGGAGUAGUGGCAAUAUUCAAUCAUCUUUGAGUUGAAGCUUAAGUUUUAUAUUGACUUUAAAGUUAAAUACGCCAUAUUGGUAGCCAUUUCAAUAUAAAAUUAUGUACUUCAUAUACCUACUUACAUACCUUAUACUGUAUAUGUAGGUAUUGUUAAGUAGAUAUAAUUACACCUAUAUUAAGUAAGAAGUGAGUAUGUAUAGAUAUAGGUAUAAUUACUUUGAAAAAAUUCAAAUUGGAAAAAUGCUAGGAGGAAGGUAACAAAGGAUGUAUCUGCCAAUCAAGUGUUUAUCCUAUGUACCAAAAUAAUUAACAAAAUCGGUUGUUUAAUAUUGUUAACCCAAAUAGUAUAGUAGCGAAUGCUCACAGAAUGUUCUACCGACAUCAUCAAAUGAAUAAGACUUUGGAAUUAUCUACAAAUUUCAUGUAUCAGUUAUAUUCUGGGAAAUAUUGGAUAUGCCAUGAAUAUUUGUUAGUAACGAAGUAACCUUGUAUAGUCGUUAGUGUGAAGUUAUCCAUAAAAUCUCAGCCAUAAAACUAUCGAAUCGCGGCCUACUUUUUAUUAUACCGGCCGGAUUCUCAUAUAUUCUAAGGGCUGUUUGUGCCAUAUUAGAAAUAGCUAUGAAUGUAGGCUACUACUACUAGCGAUCGACCAAAAUUAAUUUUGUAUAAUGCUCCGCCGUCCGAGUGUCUCAAAAAAAUUAAAAACCCUAAAAAGUCGUGAUUUUUAUCAAUUUUUGAUUGUAGUCUCCACACGAUUAUUUGUGUCGCUUCCAAAAUAACUAUACAUUAUAGCUACUACUCCUAGCAAUCAAUAAAAAUUAAUUUUAUGUAAUGCCCCGCCGUCUAAGUGUAUCAAAAAAAUUAAAAUCCCUCAAAAAGUCGUGAUUUUUGUCAAUUUUCGAUUGUAGUCUCUACACGGUUGCUUGUGCCGCUUCGAAAAUAGCUACACAUGUUAGCUACCACUCCUAAAAAUCAAGAAAAAUUAGGUUUGUGUAAUGCCUUGCCGUCUGAGUGUCUCAUAAAAAUUAAAAACCCUAAAAAAGUCGUGAUUUUUCUCAAUUUUCGAUUGUAGUUAGUCUCUACACGGUUGUUUGUGCCGCUUCGAAAAUAGCUACACCUGUUAUCUACCACCCCUAGAAAUCAAGAAAAAUUAGUUUUGUGUAAUGCCCCGCCUUCUGAGUAUCUGAAAAAAAAUUAAAAAUCCUAAGAAAGUCCCGAUUUUUGUUGAUUUUCGAUUGUAGUCUUUACACUCAGACGGCGGGGCAUUACACAAAACUAAUUUUUGUUUAUUGCUAGGACUAGUAGCUAAAAUUCAUAGUUAUUUCCAAUAUAGCACAAACAGCCCCAAGAAUCUAUGAGAGUCCGGCCGGUAUAGUAAAAAGUAGGCCUAACCGCGAUUCGUUAGUUUCAUGGCUGAGAUUUUAUGGAUAACUUCACACUAACUGUAUAUAGUCUUCAAGGAAUUCAUUCCUGAAUAAUUAUUAUUGGAGUAUUUAUUCCGGUAAUGGAGUAUUUAUUGAGCUUAAAUAUAAUUACCCAUUUUUCUCAAGUAAAUUGGACUUAUGUUGAAAUGAAAAACUACAAAAUUAUAGUGGCCAUCCUUUAUUACUUAUACUUAAGACACAUACCUUAUUACAAAAAUAUCACAUCACAUUACAUAAGAUUUUAUUUAUAUGUUUAUUUACAACUACCACUUUAGUUACCUACCAUUUUACAUACAGUAUUAGUCUGUGUACAGUCUUCCGUUUCAAUCAGUUUUUAAAAUUAUUAUUAGAAUAAUGUUUAUUGCUUGUAUUGUCCCACCUUGAGUUUUUGUAUAAAUGACUGUACUCACAACUUAUCUUAUUUUUCUUGUCAAAUAGACAUUUUUGUAUUUGCAGCUCAAGAAAUUUUAAUUAUAAUUUAAAAGCAAAAACGCCACAAUCUGCAAGAGCAUAACAAUUAUUUGAAUUUCAGUCUGCA